AUGAAUGUUAUCUGUGAACCUAACCGAGAGAAUAUACCAGUUAAAUUUAAGCCCCUUCCCAAAGAAAAAGUCAAGUGGCGCGUGCAGACGCAACUGCGUGAAAAUCCCGAAGACAGCCCUCAUGUUUAUGACGAAAUCCAAGAUGUACAUGACGAAAUCCAAGAUGUACAUGACGAAAUCCAAGAUACAUCACGUGAGAACAGUUUUCUUUUAGUGGCUGCAAUAGACUUUGGUACAACAUACAGCGGGUAUGCGUAUGCAAUGAAAUCGAACAGUUCGAACAAUUCAGAACCCUUUAAUAUCCCAAGGUGGCCUGGCAAUGGAACAAUAUCAAAUAGAGUACCUACAGCAGUUUUGUUUGGACCUGAUGGAUCAUUCCUCAGGUUUGGAUACGAAGCUAAUACAUAUAUGCAAGAUAAUCCAAAUGAUGAGGAUCUCGAGAAGUUUUAUUUUUUCCAAGAUUUCAAAAUGCUUCUUUAUCAAACAAAGGACUUAUCGCUGAAUACUCAAAUUCCAGAUAUAACGGGUCGGAAAACUUUACCAGCUAUCGUCGUUUUCUCAAGUGUAAUUCAGUUUUUCUCGAAUCAUCUUAUGUCAAACGUGACCCAUCAUUUUGGAUCACCUUUUUUUGAAAAAGAAGAAAUAUUUUGGGUAUUAACUGUGCCAGCCAUUUGGAGUCUGAGAGCUAAAUGCUUCAUGCGAGAGGCGGCUGAAAAGGCCGGUAUACCCACCAAUCAACUAUCUAUUGCACUAGAACCAGAAGCAGCCAGUGUGUUAUGUCGCCAAGAAGGAGCCUGUGUUUUAUCAAAUGACAUAACUGGAGAAGGACAGAAAACUCCCCAACCUCUCCCAGACAAUUCAACGUAUCUCGUUGUAGAUAUGGGAGGUGGUACAGUUGACAUAACUCUUCAUCAUUUGCUUGAAGGAGGAAUUCGGGAAUUAUACAAAGCCAGCGGCGGAGACUUUGGAGGAAACCAGAUCAAUAAAAGAUAUUUGGAAUUUCUUGAGAAGUUAUUUGGAAAAGAUAUUUUGGAAGCGGUAAAACAAAAACAUCCAUCUUGUUGGUUUGAUAUAAUUACUAAUUUUGAACGCAAAAAGAGAACCUUUGGAGAACAUAAUGAUCAAGAUAGGGUCGUCAUCGGUUUUCCCUUUUUAUUUGUGGAGGAAUACAAGAAAUUAAAAGAUCAUGACUAUCAGGAAAGAAUAAACCCUCUCUGCUAUGGAGAAGACGUUGAAAUCAAGAACGAUAAAUUGUACAUAAAAGAGAAAAUCUUUAAGUCUUUUUUCGAAGGCUGUCUAGGGAAAAUCAAAAAAUGUAUUGAAACAAUUUUAGAACAUGGGGACAACACAGAUACUAUACUGUUUGUUGGUGGUCUUGCAGAAUCACCCUAUCUUAUUAGAAUGCUCAGGGAGCAUUUUAGUAAUUCAAAGGUCCUUGUACCGAAGGACCCAUCUCUCGCAGUCUUGAAGGGGGCUGUGUGGUUUGGACGUUACCCAGCAAUAAUUAAAUCACGAAUUUGUCAAUACACUUAUGGCUUCGCCAAACAAAGGCCCUUCAUUGAUGGUAAAGAUGACAAAACAAGGAGAAAAACGUGCUUCGGUAAUCGAUAUUACAUAGAUGAUGUAUUUGAUAAACAUGUUGAAAUAGGAGAAAUGCUAGAAGUUGGAAAAUUUCAACAACCUAAAGAUUAUCAUCCACUUGACAAUGACCAAGUGGUAAUAAUUCUAGAGCUUUAUGCAUCCACAGAGAAAUAUCCAAAAUAUGUCAACGACCCAUCUUGCCACUUAGUUGGUGUCAUGAAGCUUGACGUGAAGCAGAGAAAUCCUGGAGAAGACGGUACAGUAUCAGUGCGCCUCAAUUUUAGUGGAACAGAACUAGAGAUAGAAGCACGUGAAAAGAGAACUGGAAAUGUUGCCCGCGAAAAGGUCAAUUUCUUAGGAUAGUUAUCUAAAUAAUGAAAAACACACAUGUAUAUAUUGAAACUAAAUAAAAAAUAAAUAAAUAAAGUUCAGGUUUAUUUCAUACACUAAGCGCUUUCGCCGUUUGGAAAUCAGUUUGUCCAAAACAUACUCUUUAAGUGGAAGCGAUAUUUGAGCGAUAAUUACAUUUUCUGCAACAGAGCAAAGGAAAAUUU